AUGCCUGCGACAACACCAGUACCGAACAAUACGGGUGCGUGCUCCUUUCUCUCGGAAGAGACCUCUCUCCGCUCAGCUAAUAAUGUCAUCGCUCUUGCAGGUGUGGCAAACACUGUCACUAGGGUAGCCGGUGCCGGUUUACGACUGGCCUUGCUCCUGAACGCCGUUGCGUGCCAGGUCGCCCCCCUAGGCGUAGAUAUCCAUAGCAUUUCCAAAGGCAUCGCUCUGUUCUCGACGAGCCUUAAGCAAUUGGGCCAGAGUCUUCAGGCCGAGCAUUCGGUACACGCGCGGGAAUGCGUUGAUACGGCACACCAGAUCAGCUACCAGGCUCAAGCAGUCUUCGAAGAGGUUGAGGAUAUGCUGGACAAGGUGCAAAAGCACGAACCGAAUGAACAAGCAGUCUCCGUGCAGCAGCGCUUCAGGACUUGUUUUAAGAAGCAGCGCGUCACUUAUCUCUUGGCUCAAUUGGAGUCGCUGAAGCUGAGCCUCAUGGUAAUGCUACAGAUUCUUCACCUUGGUCGCUUGCAAGAAAUAAAAAGCGUUUUAAACACCCUCGCCGACGAGUUGAUAGUCCAAGAGAGGGCCGAUGCGCAGAAUAUGCUGAUUGUCAGAUAUUGGUCAACAAAGAGGCUCGAUAGAUUAUGGGAACUUGCCCGGCAAGAAGCGAUCGAUACAGCCCCCAGCUCAAGUCGCUUAGACACGACCUCGGGCAGUCCAAUGUCAUCCAAAUUUCCUGUUAUUCCUCUUGGGGUAGAAUCGUCGCUGAACUUCAUGGAAGAAUCACCAAACGACAUGCUGCGUCUUACAGCAGAAGUUCUUGAUGCAUUACUGAAACGCUGGAUCCGCAUAGAGGCUGGACAACAACAUGUCAAGAGCAUGUUGCCGGCCUAUGUAUCCUCUGGAAGCGACGAUGAAAUAUCCGACUCCGACGAGGCACUUGACCGGAGCCCCAUGCAAGGAUAUUUCAUCGAAGGUGUGACGACAAAUUGGAGGGAACCUCAUUCGCAGGAAGCUCGCAUGAAAGCAGCGCAACUACGAAAGUUGUACUCGAACAAGCAAGCGCAUGUUCAUAGCGAUUCUGAGGAUUCAAUGCUAGAGAAGAAGAGUUCUAAGAAGUCAUCCCGCUCGAACUCAGGCUUUGCAGACAGCGACUCUGACAAUAUGCCAGAGCAGGGACUAUUUGACGCCAAGGAAGAGGUCUCUGUUGGUCAGUCGAGGGACGGCGUAUCCCGGCCUUAUUCAUACUCUACAGCAAAUACCGUUCCCGGCUGCGAUGCUAAUAAUUACUGGCAGCACGAGGGCAUUCCUAAGAACCCUCAGCCUGCUGGGCCCGCGCAAACUCAAGUGCCCCCCAAGUCUCGACCAAUCCCAGUGCCGCAGGCGAAUAUAAACCGACACCCGGACCGACUAGCUACCUCGCAACCAGCAUGGCCACCGCCGAGUCCGUCCAAUUGCAAUAGCAUGUCUGCAAAUUCGUCGUCAUCCUUUUACAAAACGGCACCCACAUCGACCGGAUUCCCUGUCACUUCCCUUCAGCCUCGACAGCAACCUCGAUAUCCUCAGCAUCAGCAACGAAACCCCACAUAUCCUCCUUCCCAUAGCCUUGUCCGAACACUAUCUGAUAACUCGGUCCAACCUCAACAAUAUUCAACAACACCAUCAACUCAACCACACCGCCAUCGAUCCUUACGCAACAGCAGCGGAAGCAAUAACAACAAUAAUAAUAGACGCCGAAAGAAUACUCAAAGCCCUGCGCCUGCGCCGCAUGACCGUCACAGGGAUCUAAAACGAACCGCGAUGCGAGGAAUUCUCGGCGCAAGUGCCAUAGGGGGGUUCAUGGAUGCUCUAGAAGCUUUUAGUAUUAUUUGA